AUGGCGGACCGAUCGACUGCGUCUACGCAUCGCAAGGUACUUUCUCACCUUAGUAUGCAACAACAAAGAAGAGCUCGGCAACUCGUAGCUCUUGUUCCGAAACCGGGAGCAAAAUCAGAUUUGGACGAAAGCGAAUCGUCUGAGGAUGAAGUUCAAUACUACACGCGCCUUGUACACUCUGACAGCAGUUCACCACCUCCAUCAUUGCCAUCUUCAAUAGAAAACCUAAACCUUCUCUCCGAUGAUGAUAUUGAGGUUAACCAAGUGGUUGCUUCAAAGUCUUUGGUACAGUCAUAUAGUCAAGAGUCAUCACCAUUGAUCAACCCUUGUUCCCCGUCAAUUUUAUCGCCUAAUCUAUCAGCAACUGAAACUAGACCUUGGUGUCCGAUACCAUCACCCUCAUCUCCAUCUAUACUGGGUACUCCCUCACAGGUACCUUCACCACGAGUUAGUGACUUGAAGCGACAUCAUCAGUCACCACCGCCGUCGCCAUUAUUUGCAUAUUUUCCUUCAACAGCUACUCGUUCAAAGAGACCUACACUUGUCGCAGUGAAACGCAAAGUAAUACCACCUAAAAGGUUAGAACCUAAUUGGGGUCGCUUCAAGUUUACUGGUUGUGCGGAAGUGGAUGAUAUCGCGUUUGAGCCAAGUGAAGAGAAAAGUCCAAUUGAAUACUUUAGGCUGUUCUUUUCUAAUGACAUCAUUUCUCUUAUAGUGCAACAAACAAAUUUAUAUAGCACACAAUUAAAGGGCAAUUCAAUAAAUAUUACAGAAGAUGAUAUCAAAGAUUUUCUGGCAAUUCUUGUAUAUAUGGGUGUCAAUAAAUUGCCAUCUUAUACAGAUUAUUGGGCUAAACUUACGCGAUGCGACAAAGUAGCUGAUAUAAUGACCCUCAAGAAGUUUCAAUUACUGAGGCGUUAUUUGCAUUUUAACGAUAACUUAAAAGACGAUGGUGAUAGAUAUUUCAAAGUGAGGCCAGUCCUUCAAAUAAUACGUGAUAAUUGUUUAAGAGUACCAGAAGAAUCACAUUUCAGCAUCGACGAAAUGAUGGUUCCACAUAAAGGAACAAGAGCAGGCAGCCGUAAACAGUAUGUAAAAAAUAAACCGAAAAAAUGGGGUUAUAAAAUAUUUGUUCGUGCUGGUGUCUCUGGGAUAGUUUAUGACUUCUUGAUCUAUGGAGGUGAUGACACGUUUAGGUUUCACUCCUUUAAGGAUGAAGAAAUUAGUAUGGGUCUUGGAUCAAAAGUAGUUUUAGCGUUAGCAAAAUCUAUUCGACAACCUGCUUGCAAAGUCCUGUGUUUCGAUAACUUUUUUACGUCUAUUGAGCUGUUACAAUAUUUACGCAAUGAAAUCGGCAUUUUUGCAAUGGGUACAAUCCGAGCAAACAGGCUCCGAGGAGCGGAGAAAAAACUACCCACGGAUAAAAAUCUAAAAAAAAAGGUAGAGGAUCUCAUGCACAAGUCGUAUGCAAUAAAAAUAAGAUUGCUGUUGUUAAAUGGUUUGAUAACAAAUGUGUCACUGUUGCAAGUACCUUUGUAG